GGGGAAAUUGAAAAACUUUUAUAUUUUAGGAGGAAGAAAUAUUUCUUUUUAUCAACUUAUUAAAAAUAAUAUAAAGAACGCACAAAUAGGAAUAAUAACAAAAUUAUAAUAAUUUUGUUAAGUGUGGUGUCGUGACGUGUAAUGGCAGGAAUGAAUAAUUAUUCAACAUUAAUGUAUGCGACAAAUGAAAAAAAUGAGGAUGAUGAUAGCGACGAAAGUGAGCAACAAACUCGACUUCGUAAUAUAUUUAGUGCAAGUCAAAUUCAAGGGCCUAUAAUGACCACAUCGAACAUUACAACCGGAGCUGGAGCAAGUGCAUUAGUACCACCUAAUACACUAAAUUUACAACGUUCUCACAUGACCUUUCCCUUGCAUGUUGAACGACAACUGCACACACAAAAUUUUCUUGACAGCUUAGGCGGUUCAGCCCAUGACAUGACAACUGGUGGUUCAACAGGAUUGAAAUAUGUCAAUUCAGAGCGUGAUCUAUCAUUAACGCUAGAAAAACAUAAAGUGCUAGAUAACUACUAUGACAGUCAAGAGGAUGAAAUAUCGAUACGGAAGUACCUCGGCAUAGGAGUUCAGUGGGUUAGCUUGGUAACUGAAAAUUUGCUUAGCCAUCCGUUCAUUGUAUUACGACGUCAGUGUCAAGUUUACAAUGCUUCCAGACGCUACCAUUUGCAUCCGUUUGCGCUAGUUCCCAGCAUUAUACAUCUGCAUCGGCGACAAGGAGUUACUACACUCUGGAAAGGAUUAGGUAGUUGCCUACUUGUUCGAGGCAUGUCGUUAGCAGUAGAUGACGUUAUUUCCAAAAUAACUCAUUGGCCAAAAGAUGUGGAUAGCCGUACAACUUUAAAGAAAUUUGGUCAGCAUAUUGUUCUAAAGUGUGUUAGCAUUGCGGUUGUAAUGCCAUUUUACUCUGCUUCCUUGGUGGAGACAGUGCAGAGCGAUAUAGCCAGUGAAAAACCUGGUCUUUUUGAUGUAUUCCGCGAAGGAAGCUUGCGUUUGCUGUAUUGGAGUUCACCACAAAAAGGACGUAUGCUACCGGCGUGGGCUUUGAUUGGUCCGUGUAUGUCUGUGGGCAUUACAAAAUAUUUAUUUGGACUUGUGAUCAAAGGCAUCUCAUCGCGUAUUAUGCGUCGUCGAAUCCAACAAGCUCAAGAACGUAAGGGUGCUAAAUAUAAGGACGACACUUUGGAAAAUCAAAAUGUAGAAAUUUACUCGAAUCUAAUUUCAAUGCUCACCACAGAAGUGAUAUUUUAUCCAUUUGAAACAAUACUGCAUCGCAUUCAAUUGCAAGGCACCCGCACUAUUAUUGAUAAUCUGGAUAAUGGCUACGCUGUUGUACCCAUACUAACCAAUUAUCAGGGUGCUAUCGAUUGUUAUCGUACUACAGUCGCCGCAGAAGGUUUCUCAGGACUCUAUAAAGGUUUUGGCGCUAUAGUUUUACAGUUCGCGGCACAUAUUGCUGUUAUAAAGCUUACAAAGUGGGUUGUCACACAAAUAACUGAAGUGAUUUCUAGUCGGCCACCACAAAAAGUUAUGCAAUACUAUAAUUUGGAUCGGGGACUUAUAUCGAAUUCGACGACAAUUUCGCCGAGCCUAAGUACCAAUAGUGAAUUGGACGUUCAAAGUAUGGGGAAUCGUUCGGUGGAUUAAUUAAAUUAAUAAUGAAGCGAUUCAUUUUCAACAGUUUCAAAUAUAUAUACAUACAUCGUAUAUCUACACUUGGACGACAGGAGUGAUCCGUUUAACUGUAUAUGCUUUAAAAUUUCAAAUGAACUUAUGCUAUUUAUAAUAAUAAUAUAUUUAAACUGAAGUAGCUAAAUUGCAUCAUAAUGUUAUGUAACAUUAGAUUAACGAUAAAUAUUGUAAGUUUGGUUAAUAAUUAAAAUCAAUGCAAUUAUACCACGACAUGAAAA